AUGAGUGGCAAAGACGACAGAACGCCAUUGCCCAACCUCCCGGCGGUGCUGCCAGGAGGACCCCCAGGCGGCACCAACAAGAAAAACUUACACAUUGCCCACCGCCGGCUGCCGCUGGAGCUCACCACGUUGAUGGUCGAGCAGUACAACUUGCAGCGCCAGCUCGAACAGGUCCAGCUCCAGCAGAAGCAGAUCUUGCAGCAGCACCAGAUGAGCCAGCAGUACCAGUACCCGCCGCCUCCAGGCGGUAGUGGCAGCGGCUCGGAGUUGACUCCCCCACCACAACAGUACCAUCGCGGCCAGCACUCGCGCAACUCGCUGGUCACUUCUCAAGGGGGCCACCGCCGCACGGGGCUGCUGCUGGGUCCCGGCCACGCUCGCCGUCACUCCUUGGGUUUAAAUGAAGCGAUUAAAGCCGCGGCGAACCAGAAAGUACAGAACUACCGCAAUACUCCCGCGCCGCCGCCGCAAGUACCCAUUGGCGGGGUUCUGGGCACCGAGGACCCGCCGCUGUUUAAAUUUCCCCCUGAUGCUCCUGACGCUACUGAAGCUCAACCGCUGUUCAAGUUUCCUCCCGAUCAAGGACAGCCGUCAUUAGUGCCUCCCACUCCCAAUUUCGCCCACGGCCACGCCCCCAGCAGUGGUGGCGGCCAUCUGCGCCGCCUGAGCCACUACCGCACUAACCUGCGCAAUUUCGACAACGCCAACAUCAAUCAGAACUGGCGGGCGCAGCAACAGCUGCUGCUGGCGCUUGCCCAGGACCUUGCUCCGCCGCAACCUCACCACCAAGGCGGCGGUGUUGGACGCCAUUCGCGCAAUAACCUGGCUCUCGAACCGCCCCAGUUUGUCCCCGGCCACCGUCUGCGUAACUCGCUGUACGGCGGGCUGAGCAGCAUGCUGCUGAUGAACCUGUUUGUUCCCAACCAGCAAUCGCAUACGCCUCCCAAUCAGAACCAGAACGGGCGCAAACUGCUUUUCGCGCCUUACCUCCCGCAAUCGCUGCUUCCUGAUCUCAUCAACGAAGGCCGGCUUGUCACCGGUACGUUGAGAGUGAACAAGAAGAACCGUAGUGACGCCUACGUGCUGACCGACGGUCUUCUCGACGCCGACAUCUUCAUCUGUGGGUCUAAGGACCGUAACCGGGCGCUUGAAGGCGACUUGGUGGCGGUGGAAUUGCUUGUCGUCGAUGAAGUGUGGGAGCUGAAGAAGGAGAAGGAAGAGAAGAAGCGGCGCAAGGACCAGAACUUCUCCCAGGCGAAGCUGGGGGUGGUCAACGACGAUAUCCACAACGAUACCACCACCAUGACCCGCGAGGAAACGCUGCUGCAAGUGAUUGAAGACGACAACGCCACCGACUCUAGCGGCGCUUCUACAUUAGGCCGUCGGGGUUCGUUGAAGCAAAGACCUACCUUGAAAAAGAACGACGACGUUGAAGUGGAAGGCCAGCUGUUGUUGUUAGUUGAAGAAGAAGAGAUUAACGACGACAUCAAGCCGUUGUACGCUGGUCACGUGGUGGCGGUGGUCGACCGUAUUCCUGGCCAGCUCUUCGCCGGUACCCUUGGCCUUCUUCGCCCGGCACAAGCAGCACAAGCAGCACGGGAUAAGCGUAAUGGCCGCGACUCGCUGGUGCAAACCCCUAAAGCGCCGAAGAUCGUGUGGUUCAAGCCCACCGAUAAGAAAGUGCCCCUUAUCGCUAUCCCCACCGAACAAGCGCCAAAGGACUUUGUUGAAAACCACGAAAAGUAUGCCCUGGAACUCUUCAUUGCCCUGAUUAAACGUUGGCCGAUCACGUCGCUCCACCCGUUCGGUACGUUGGUGACGAAGCUUGGCAAGAUCGAGGACCCCGUCACCGAGAUCGACCUGAUCUUGCGCGACAACAACUUUGCCUGCGACGAGUACGGGGCCGACGGCGACUUUACGUUUGAACUCCCCUCGGUGGACGACGAGCUUAGCGCCGAUCGCCGCGUCGAGUAUGCCCAUGAUUAUAUCAUUCUGUUCUCGCAAACGGGGCAAUUCAUCGACCACGCCAUGCACGUGAAGCGAUUGCUGAAUACGAAGAUCGAGCUUGGCUUCCACGUCGCCGACAUCUCCCACUUCGUCGAGCCCAAUACCAUUUUGGACCGCAAGGCCAAGAAGCGGUCGCACCUGGUGUUCUUGCCCCAGCGCACAACCCACGUGUACCCGAACCACGUCAACGACGCGGUGCUGUUCAAGCCCAACCAGAAGAACUUGGCGGUGCUGGUGGUGUUUGAGAUUGACACCGCCAACUUCGAAGUCGAGGACUUGUACAUUCACGAGCUGAUCAUCGUCCCCAAGCAAACGGUGAGUUACGACGUGUUCGAUGCCAUUCUCAACGGUCGUGAUGCUGAGGGUGUUAACGCUGGUACCGGUGACUACCUUAAGACGUUUGCUCUUAUCGCUAAGGAGUUUAGACGCCAACGGCUUGAGAACCGUCAUCUCGGCAACCAGCCCAACUUGACACUUUUGGACCAGUUGGACGACGAGCGCGCCCGCCUCCUGCUUAAUGUGUUUGAUGACCUGUUGGCGUUCGACGUCAUUUCCGAAAUUGGCCACAAGGUCAACGGUGCCAUUGCCGCUAAGAUCCACGCUGGUUUAGGCGAGUUGGCCCUCUUGCGCCGCCACCCGUUGCCGACUUUGCAGAAGAUGGAAACUUUCUUGCGCAAGGCGCUGAACUUGUUAGGAGUGAAGCUCGAUACCACCAACCUGGCAACCCUCCAAAACCUGAUUCUUGCCGUCGACGACCCUGUGAAACGCCAGUGUGUGGAGAUCUUGUUGUACAAGUGUAUGCCUCGCGCGAAGUACUACGUCGCUGGCAAACAGGACCCCGAGGGCUACGGGCACUACUACCUCAACUUGCCCCUUUACACUCACUUUACGUCGCCGUUGCGCCGCUACGCUGACCUUAUUGUUCAUCGCCAGCUUAAGUUGGUGCUCAACAAGCAGGAUGAGGAGCGCGAUUUGGACUCGCUCAAAGCCAUCGCUGAUUACUGCAACUUCAAGAAAGACUGUGGUGCUCAGGCUCAAGAGCAAGCCAUCCACUUACUCCUUUCGCAAACCAUCAACGAGCUUUCAGGUACCCUGGGCCAGUUGUUGGUGAUGGGUACGGUGAUCCAGGUUUACGAGCUGGCGUUCGACGUGGUCAUCCCUGAGUUCGGCGUCGAAAAGCGGGUCCAUGGGGAUCAGUUGCCCUUGGUUAAAGCUGAGUUCGACAAGAACGACCGUGUUCUCGAGCUUUACUGGGAACGCGGUGUUGAUGCUGCCACUUACGUACCCCCCGACGAAAAGCUGUCGCUCUCUUACCGCAACCUGAUCAAGAACAAGCACCGGCUGCUGGCCCGGGAGGCGGCGCAGACCCAGUCAGAACGCCAGCAACAGGUGAUCUACAAGAUGGUCCAGGACAAGUUGCUGAACUACGGGAUGAAGGCGCCCAACCUUGAACCGCCUAAAGGCGACGGGGUGAAGCCGUACUUGGAACACGUUAUCACCAAGGUGGAAGGCGACCUGUGUAUCCAGGUGAUCAAGGAGUUGCACCAGGUGCCGGUGUUGAUCCGGGCCGAGAUCGGGAUGGCGUUGCCCUGCUUGACGGUACGGGUGCUUAACCCUUUCGGCAGUGAUUAA